AUGGAUUUAAACUCCAAUAAAUCACCCAAAAAAUACAAAUACGUGAAAAAAUUCGUGCGUCGAAAGAGUGCAGUAGCAGCAGACGCCGCGGCAACUACAGACGAGUUCAAACAAAAAAUGCGAUACUACAAACGUCGAGUCGAGUAUGCAAUAGCUCGAGGAAAAGUCUAUCGCGUCAUCGGUAAUGUUGGCAUCGGUAGAAUUCGAUUGGAACUUCACAAACGCGGAUUUAUCGAAGUUGUUUCCAAUAACUGGGAAAAUACUUUAGUGGCUUUACCCGAAUCUGAAUUAUUUUUGAAAAUUUCCCCGAAUAACGAGUACGAAAGAGCACUUUUGACCAAACUCUUGGGCGAACGAGAACCGGAUUUUUUAUGGAUCAACAGAACAAGUUCCUUCAACGUGUAUCAAUAUGUCCCGAUAAUGAACAAAAUUAACAUCAUGACGUGUAAUUUCGUAGUAAAAGACGGAUUAUGCGAGUUAAUUGACAGAUUUCGAAGCAAUUAUCCUCAACGAAUCACGGAAAUAAAUCAUCCUCGAACAUUUAGUGUUACAAGUGAGAAUUAUUUUCAAAGGUUUAGGGUCGAUUAUCGACUUACCAUCGCUACAAGUACAAUAUUGUUCAUUUCCUACAAAAAAGAUCCAGGAAACUUUUUUGGAACUGAUGGAGAAUUGUCGUUAGCUUCACUUGACUUUGCCCUGAAUGUCAUUGAGAAAUUUCUGAAAAGAAAAUCGAUUUUGAUAAAUAAUGAGGACUCGGAUUCGGUUCAAUGGGAUGAAUUAUCAAAGGUUCUAAAUUCCUUAGUUGAAGAAAAUGGUAAAUUCAAAAUAGGCGAAGACCCAAUUUUUUUGGAGACAAUUACAACAAAGGUGAAAAAUGCUUCGGAAUCUAUACUUAAAGAGUGGCCAUGGCGAAAACAUGAUGGCUAUACCAACGUUUGGCUCAUAAAACCCGCCAGAACAGGUGAAGGUGCCGGAAUUUUCCUUUCGCGAGAUGAAACAGCCAUCCGAGAUUUCAUUUUGCGACACAAAUACAAACCUUUUGUGAUUCAAAAGUACCUUGAACGUCCCUUGCUUUGUUAUCGCACCAAAUUCGACUUUCGUCAUUACUUCCUUGUCACAAUCGACAACAACUAUCUCCGGGCUUGGAGUCAUUCAACGGCCUGUACCAUCAAAUUCGCCUCCGAACCCUUCAGUUUGAAGGAUUUCAGUGAAGCACGACACAUCACCAACACUGCGGUCCAAAUGAAAUUCGCAAAAGUAUCGCAUCCGUACUUGCCACAGCAUCACAUGUGGAGUCUCGGCGCCUUUAUUUUGUAUCUAAACAGUUCCGACAAGGGAUACUUGUGGAAAGAUUACAUUUACCCGCGAAUGGUGCGAACGAUCCAAACCAUCGUUGAAGCGAGCAUGGAAAAUAUUGAACUGAAACCGGGUAGAUUUGAGUUGUUCGGGUGCGAUUGGAUGUUGACGAAUGAUUUUAAGCCAUAUUUGUUGGAAAUUAAUCGAUGUCCCUCGUUGGAAUACUAUUCGCCAGUUAGUGAAAUUGUGGUUGGUAAAGUCACGGAAGAUUUGGUGAAAGUGACUGUCGAUUAUUUAAAAGAUAAAACAGCGUCAACGGGUGAUUUUGAACUGAUUUUUAAGAGAAGACUUCCAGAGCCGCCAGAAAAAGAUGAAGAUGACGAAUGGUUGAUGUAGCUAAUUAACGUCUCA